GAAAUGGUCCCAGUACAGAGUGCAAGCCACACACACACACACACAUUCAAACACGGCGGCUGCCCUCUUGCAGUUGUUUGGUGGACUAUUUUUAUUUUUAUUUUUUCAAUUAAAGAAGCUCCUCGGCAGAUUCAGGAAUGACCAGGUGGCAAGCAGUGUUGAGAAGUGAGGCGAACCAUGAACGGAUGCAGGAGGCCCAUCACUAGCGCAGCCAGCAGCAACACAACCAGGGGAAGCACAAGUCCAGAGAGGCCCCGGCGCAGCAUGCAGCUGGGCCCUCGCUAACACCCCUCGGAGCCGGUCCACCCCUCUCAACUCGGGGCCAGGACUGCAGAAUGCUCAGUCCUGUCACCCCUUACAGUCUGUUGAAGAUGCACUGGUCUCCGGAGCACACCGCCCCCUUAUCUCAGUGGCCUGAGCAGCACCUAGACGUCACCUCCACCACCUCUCCCCCGACCACCCACAAGCAUGAACAUUACGCCGUGACCGCUCGCCGCGGUUACGCCCCGGCUGGUUAUCCAUGGGCCAGCGAUGACAUAUCGGCCCUCACAGCGUCGUCACUUCUUAAGCGCUACGCGGAGAAGUACUCAGGUUUGGAGCUUUCUUAUGAGCGUUCUUCUGCUGGGGCCUAUUCAGAGCCCGGACCCUUCUUGAAGACAGAAUCUGAGCCCUGGUCGCUGAGUCAGGGUAUCGAGUGUUACCCUGGAUUGGAUACGCUGAGCAGUUCAAAAGUUGGAUCUGCGUCUGUUGGCAUCCCAGCGACAGGAAGUGUAACAGUAGUUAGCAGUAACUUGGCGUCUGAACCAGGCUACAGCGGAGCAGGCUCCUGCAGUGCCCCAUCAUCUCAGGAGUACCCCUCUGCUUAUAACGGCACGUAUCUGCCUUCUGGAUACUGCCCCCAGCCUGGCUCCGCCCUUCCUCCUGCCCCACUUCACCCUCUGCAGUCCACCCCAACUCUAGUGCCCAGCUAUGGCGCAAGCACUCCAGUCUACAACUACCCACCAGGCUGUUACCCCCAAACCAGCCUGGCCUCUGGAUACAGUCACCCCAGUGCCUCAUACUUACCAUCAGGCAUCAGUGCCCCGACCCCUCUUGCCCCGAGACCCACAAUGGUAGGGGGGAACUACAGCUAUCCUGCUCACGGCCUUGGUGGAAGUGCAGACACUGGGGUGCCCCUGAAGCGCAAAGCCUUCGAGAUGGAAGAGGAAGGACAGGACGGAGCGGAGGGCGAAGGGUCACGCUACCGAAAGUACGGAAAUGGACACAGCAAAGGUAACGGCCACGGCAACGGCUACGACAUGAGCAGCUCUGAUGCACAGGCCUACAAAGCUGGAAAACCCCUGAUGACGCCCCCCUAUGGUGGAACAGGAAACUACAGUCCACCCUCAGGCCUUGCAGGAGAAAGUGUAUCAGGGGAGCACAACUUUCCUCAUCAGCAGAGAAUGUCCAUGAAGAUUCCUGCAUCGCACACGCGGUCUGACGACCCCACCGGUGGGCGCUGACCGCCCAGGAUGAGUUCAAGCCAAACAAGUUAUUAACCCACUCAGUGACUUCACGUUUGUUGAUCAUUUUUCAUUUGAACAAAAAUGGGCACAAAAGGGGAAACUGCUGUGCCUCUUUUAUAUAUAUAUAAAUAUAUCAUUGUGUUUGUUUUCCAAAGAUCGGCAGAGGCCGCCAUCUUAGUCUUAGAGGUGAAGUCGAGGCAUUCUCUGCGUUUGAACAUUGAGACAGUCAGUUGGAUGAGUGUCUAUUUCUCUCAGGAUACUAUUUAUUUCCUCCCUGCUACUGAGGCAGCAGCGCCGCCUGGUGGCAGCUAUGGAAGAUGGAGCGAUUACACAGCAUGUGGCCGUUGAUGGCGUAGAAGGCCUUUGACUGCAAUAUAGUUCUACUCAACAUGAAGUGAAAAUCAUCUCAGACCAAAAACAGAAAGGAAAGCAAUAACGAAAAAUGUGAGCUUAGCUUUCAGCUGUAAUCAGCACAAUCACUGCAAACUGACACGCUGAUUCGGAACCUUCUCCCUUACCUUCUCUUCCCUGUUUUCUUUGACCCUCCCGCUUCGGUUUAGAUGGCAAAUACCACGCCACAUGUCACGCCACGUUGGUUCACUUUAGUUAGACGUGGGAAGGAAGGAACCAAAAUGACCCGAUGUUUGCUUUAAAAACGCACGACAUUUACAAUGAAAGAGUACUUUUGAGAAGUACAGUAUAUCUGGACCUCUACGGUAACACACAAAACUCGCAGUGUAAAUAAAGACAGGACACAGACGCACAGUUCAAACGGACAUAUUCAAGCUUUACGGCAUUCUGUGGGAAGGCGUGUCCGUCAGGAGUUUUCUUUUCUAAGAUGCAUUCUUUUUGUCUUUUGCGCCUGACCAGCGCAGUACUUGUGUUAUUGAAUACUCAGGAAGAAUAUUGUUACCUCGGAAUGAUGAAAUAAGAAUGUAUUUUAAUCCCUUUGGGUGUUUCUUUGGGGGGGGAGGGAUGGGGUGCUAGAUUACAAAGCCACGGCUUUGUCAAAUACUCUGAACUUGUCAGGAGAACUACGAACUUACAAGGCCUUUGAUGGACACACACACACACACACACUCACACACACACACAUAUAUAUAUGGUAUGAACUAUGGGUAUAUAUGAACUUGAUGGGAAAUUUUGGAAAUGUUUUUGGAGAUAGACACAUGCACACAAACAUAUUAUCUCUGGGAAAUAAAUUGACCUUUUUAAUACUAAGGCCUGAAAUGUUGAAUGUAAUUCAGAUUUUUUUAAAGGACAUACAUGCCAUAAUGUACAUUGAUGAUGUUUUUAAAUAUAUGAAACAUAUUUUCUUCAUGUAUAGAUGUAAUUCUCUUAUAGGUUGUUUUUUUUUGGUUGGAGAUGAUGAGUGACAUUUAAAUUGUUAGUAUUCGUAGUUAGCGGUGGGAGGAAGCGAGUGAUCAAAGACAUAUCAGGGCAAAGGCAGCGCAGUAGCUGCUACAGAUUUGUCUAUUCAAUGUCUUAACAAGGUUCUUAUUGCGUGGGCGAGUACUGGAGCCUCACCCUCAAACCUCAUCAGCUCAUUUCCCUUCAUGCUUUUUCAUUGCGUCGUAGCACGUUGCUCGACUUCAUUACUGAUUUGUGCCUCGGAAGUUGGAGCCAGGAAAGCUGCGGCCCGGUUGCGGCACAGCUGAAUGAAAUACGGGCCCGUCUCUAUCUGUGUUGACAAACAAAAGCAGACAAACCAAACCACAACUGGAACAUCGAACAGCUCAGCUUGCCGUAGUUUAUUCCCAGGAUUGAUCACAUAAGACUUCCGAGCACAAAUGGAAUGAAGGUGAAACUGGGUUUUUAAGACAUUCAUCUCACUGUUGAAACCAAACUCUGAUUAUAAAUAAGUGUUUACCCCCCUCCCCCCAGAUUCUCGGAGAGCUUCAUGACAAAGGGAGCUCUUGAAUGUUUUCCACUUUGCUGCUGAGAAACAGUAUUUUGACGUUACUUUGAUUCAUUGAUAUUUUGAACAUGAAACUGUCCUGUUCAGGAGACAUACGACUUCAGUGUUAUCUUUGUAAUACUUUUCGUUGUAUCAUGUGCAUUCUCUGUAACCAUUUCUACCUCAUUUUGACAACAUGGAAAUAUUUAUAUCUCGUCAUUAUCACAUGCCAGCAAUGCUUCGACCUCUUGACCUGUUCGAGUCUACCUCACGCGAGACUGUUGUUGUGUCAUGGAAAUGAAGAUGCCAUACCAAAAAGUGCUUGAAUUUGUCUUUUUGUUCCAUUGAAUCUUUUUUUCUUUCACCAAAGUUAGUGUAAAAAAAUAUAUACAUAUAUAUAUUAAAGAAUCGCAGUAAUGAUGGUUGAUUUUUGCUACAUCAUCUGCUGUUGCUUUUGU